AUACUGAUAGAUUAAGUUUGUUUAUACCAUUGUUUUUUAAGUUGUCGUUCAAAGUUUUUAAUACAUGUAUUAUGUUAGGCGUGUACGUUAGCUAAACUGUUUUUUUUAUUUCGUUUUAAAAUCGUAGCUAGCUUAUCACGCUGUGUGGAAAAUGUAUGGACACCUUACAGUAUGGACUUUAUAUUGUUUUAUAAUUUCAUUAAGCGACGGCAGGGUUAUGGUAGGGGUACAGAUCCAGUCCUACUCAAACGACAAUGGGACCUCCUAUGGGCCUGUGGGCAGUACCCGGAAGUGCUGUGACGGUCCUCAGCGCGCGGACUGUACUUCCGGUGACACAUGUGACACAUAUUUUGACAUAUGCGUCGGCAGGAUGGAGGGUCAAUGGGGUUGUGAAGGAGCAUUCUUGAAAACCAGGCCGCUAAAUGACACAAAUCACUUAGAAAAUCAAACCCUCAUGGAAAGUAUGGCGGAUAGUUGGCAACAGGGAAACCUCGUAUUCGUGUUCGUUUACGACGCCGACAACGACGGCUUGGUGGAGAAACACGACCACAUCGACACGCUCAUAGACGAGAUCGCUUUCCUGCCGACGCCGACGUUUGACGCCUCUGCCACACACACCUUCUCCUGGGUCGGGAAGACGUCAAUGACCAUCUUAGUCAACCUUUGGUGUGCUAAUGAUUACUAUGGACCGGACUGUAACGUCCACUGCAAAGCCAUACCGCCGAUGUCUAACUGCGAGCGACAGACGGGAAAACUGAUGUGUCAGCCAUCAGAUGCGCUUAUUCUCGAUUUCUCCGAGACGCUAAACAAGACCUUGUUUCGUGACCUGCCGUACAACGUGAACCACUUUGUGCGACAGGAAGUGUGCCCGGGCGAGCGUGCCGAGGUCGACUACCUCAAGUACGACGAAGACAGCAAUACAUUGUCUUUCAACCUUGACUGUGACGACCGCCCUGUGCUAGACGUAGAGUUCGAGUCGCUGUUGCAGCUAGAAACCCGGGAGUCCCUCGCCUCUUACUUGCCGUUCGAGGUGGUCACCGGUCCGCGGGUGACCCCAACCGGAUAUGGCGAGCACGUAAAGCCGAACGUCUAUGUCGGUAUCGAGAUCCUUAAUAUUGCGAAUCCUUCCGGUACGUCAUUUGAUGGCGUCGAUAUGGCGGGCCAAAGACGCUGCUGUGACGAACCACGGACCUCCCAGUGCGAGACUGCGGACGACACCUGUGACCUGUCAGUCUCCAUCUGCAUCGGAGAAAUGACAUCGGCGGGCAUCUGUAUUGGCUCCGUGUCCAUUUUCCCCGUGUUCCCGAACACCACAUCCGUCUCGGCGUGUGGUGGCGUCUACCUGGACCUCACCAACAACGUGGCGCUGGUGGCGCACGCGACUGUUGGCGGCAUGAAGCUCGUGCAGAAUGUAACCAGCGUUUUCGUCAUUAUAAAGGACAGCGAUCUUGGCGGUAAUUCGUCCGACAUUAUUGACGUCCUUAGCGCAAACGUGACGGUAACUCCGGGACCGAACGUAACUAAUACUAACGUAACACAGGUCAAAAUGGUCAACGUAGCAAGCAUCACUCUACGACUGAUAUUUUGGUGUACGGAAGGCCAUUCGGGACCGUUGUGUCAUGCCGAUAAUGGGACAGACCGGUGUCAGGAUGGUUGGUAUGGUAACGAAUGUGAAAUACAGUUCAAUCCAUGCAGCCCGAGUCCGUGCAAAAAUGGUGGACAAUGCAUCCUUAACCAAACGGACACCACCGAUUCCACGUGCAAGUGUCCUUUCGGCUUCACCGACAAAUAUUGCCAAACUGAUAUUGACGAGUGUGAAAUGAACGUGUGCCAGCACAGUGCCACGUGCGUUAAUUCAUACGGUUCAUUUGAGUGCGAUUGCGCAUCCCUGUGGAAGGGGACGCUGUGUACUGAUAGCAUACUUCCGGCUUGUGAUCCAAACCCGUGCGCCUCGGGUAAAUGUAUGGCGGAUAUCACAAAAGACGAAGGGUACCGGUGUAUUUGUGAUAUUGGGUACGAUGGGGUAAAUUGUAACCAAGAAACGGCCUGUGCUGGGUGCAGAAACGGCGUGUGUACGAUGACCAACGGGGAUCAGCAAUGCAGCUGUAAUUUGGGAUAUCAAGGGGAACACUGUGACACGGACGUGAAUGAGUGCGACAGCUUUGUUUGCAUGAAUAACGCAACGUGUCACAACAAGAUCGGAAACUUCAGCUGCGAGUGUCGCGAUGGUUUCAGCGGGGCGCUUUGCAGCGAAGCCUCUGGACCUUGCGAGAAAAUCAACUGCAUGAACGGGGGAGCUUGCCUUGACAUUGGUGGGCCGGACUAUCUGUGCAUGUGCUCGAUUGACUUCACUGGAGACCUGUGUGAUACGAAGAUAGACCACUGUCAAAAUGUCAUAUGCGAUAACAAUGGUACGUGUACAAACAUAUUUGAAGAUUUUCUUUGUAUUAACUGUUCGUCAGGCUGGAUAGGCAAGACGUGCGAUGUUGAUAUCGACGAAUGUUCGAGAGGAAAAUGCGUGCACGCGAACAGCUGUUCGAACGCUCCCGGAACGUACUCCUGCGACUGUCUGGAUGGCUGGACAGGCGACAACUGCGACCAGGACCUGGACGAGUGUAGCGGGCCUUUUAAGCCUCUGUGUCCACACGGCAACUGCACCAAUUCGCCGGGUAGCUUCAAGUGUGUCUGCAAUACGGGCUACACGGGCGUCCACUGCGAAAACGAACUGGUGUUCUGUCAGACAAACAACUGCAGCGGACAUGGGACCUGCUACGAGCAACCAGCUGGACACUGUGACUGUGCAGGUGGAUUCACUGGAGUUUCCUGCGAGUCAGAUGUCGACGAAUGUGCAAUGCCGGUGUGUGGAAUAAAUGCAUUCAAUUGCUCAAACACACCGGGAUCGUAUUCUUGCACGUGCGAGCAGGGUUGGCAAGGCAAAAAUUGCUCCGAAGAUAUCAAUGAGUGCUCGGCGGUUACAACCAUACCGUGUCAUGGAAACGGGAUGUGUCGAAACACACCGGGAAAUUACUCCUGCACGUGUUUUCCGGGAUUCAUGGGUCACGACUGCGAAACUUACGUCGAUGUGUGUAAACAGACGACGUGCAAGAACAAUGGCACGUGUGUUGUCCGUCAGGAAGAGACGCGCUGCGUUUGUACGGAAAACUGGUCCGGAAUAUCGUGCGAGGAUGAUGUAGACGAGUGUGAAAAGGGCGACCCGUGUUACAGGCUGGGACUGUGCGUGAACACGGACGGCUCCUACUACUGCGACUGUUACCAAGGGUGGACCGGAAGUGACUGCCGGACCGACGUAAACGAGUGCAUAGAGGGAGCCAAUCCAUGUCAACAUAAGAGCGUGUGCACGAAUAGUCCCGGAAGCUACUCGUGCGCAUGCCUGAUGGGUUGGAUUGGUAUGAACUGCGAAGUACCGACGAGUAGCGUCAUAAAUGGCGAACGUUUGCUGUUCACAUUCGCGACCAACAUUUCAACGGAAGUCAUUCCGAGGCUCGUAUCCGCCGUCUACACGUUCUGUGUUGCACGCCUGUUUAACUCCACGAACUUUCAAUUCAGCAAAGGUGUCGUCAGAGGUUCUACUCUUGAGGUGGUCGUCCAGUCCAAUACAAUCCUCUUAAACCAGCCCACUCUAUCGGACGCAUUGGCGGAUGUAGCCAACAACACCAAGGCGUUCCCCAUUCCAGUUACUGACAUUGUAUUUUUUAGCGACGUAGCACCAUCGUCUGUCGCUACGUCUACAGCUACUGUGAUAAAACGUUCAUCGUCUGUCGCUUCUCCUACAACUACUGUUCUAAGACGCACAUCGUCUGUCGCUACUCCUACAACUUCUGUGGUAGAACGCACAUCGUCUGUCUCUACUCAUACAACUAAUGGGAUAAGACAUACAUCGUAUUUCGCUACUUCUACAACUAAUGUGGGUAAUACAAAUGCACGUGUUUUCACAACGCACGUGCAGAGUUGGGCGUCCAAGUACUGGCCGGUGUUCGUGUGCGCCGCUGCAGCCGUCAUGAUCGGCCUCGUGGUAACGGCGGGUUGCCUUCGGGACCGACGCAAGAAGUUCAGUUCAGAUGACAACUAUAAUCAACCCAUCUUCAAUGGCGAGCUCCACCUUUACAAUGGUCUCUCGUGAGAUUGGUACCUGGUUUCAUAAAGGGCUCGACCUUACCCUUGAUUUUGUUAAUCUCAAAACCAAAUGCAUGCCUAUGUGGUCGAAGGUAUUGGCUGAAAACAUUAGGCAGCUGAGAACCCACAGUGCGAUAUUAUCCGAAUGGUCUUGAAUAAUGUAAAAACAUUGUGUAAAUAUUUCAUAAUUAAUGUAUACAUGUGUUUUAUGUGGUUUUUACAUGUGUAAUGUUAGAUAAUAAUUAAAAUUUCAAAGGUGAAA